UCUCCUCCCUCCUCUCCCCAGAUGGAUGGUUCUACUCUGAGGACUCUCUGUAUGCAACACGGUCCUCUGAUUACAUUCCACCUCAACCUGCCUCACGGCAAUGCUGUCGUAUGUUACAGCUCCAAGGACGAGGCAGCCAAGGCACAGAAGAGUCUGCACAUGUGUGUACUAGGGAACACUACCAUUCUGGCUGAGUUUGCCAGUGAGGAGGAAAUCAACCGUUUCUUUGCACAAGGUCAGUCAUUGGCCGCUGCCUCCCCGGGCUGGCAGGCCAUUGGCUCCUCUCAGAGCCGAAUGGGCGGAGCCUUGGAGGGUUCCCACCCCUUCCCCAGCCGCGCCCCGGAGCCCAGUCAAUGGAACGUCAGCGACCUCCAUAGCUCCUCCCUUUGGGGCGGGUUGAACUAUUCCACUAGCCUAUGGGGCGCCAGCGAGGGCGGCAGGAUCAACAGCCCUUCUCCAAUCAGCUCCUUCCUCCCCGUGGAUCACCUGACAGGGGGCGGGGACUCCAUGUAAAGCCCCGCCUCAGUCAAACGCUGGACAGCGUGACGACAGACGGACGAGUCUAGAAUCGUUAUCGCCGCCGUCUCAAACACAAAGAAAAGAAAGUCGAAGACCAAAAAACAAAACAAAAAAAGAGACUUGGUAAAUAACACAAUGUCACUAGUUGGUCUCCUUCUCACUUACAAAUAUAUAGGAGGGGGGGUCACCCUGUGGAAAAUACGUACAGGAAGUGGAGGGGGGGGGGU